UGUAGAAUUCUCAUCUUCUUCACCAGAAUCACCACCAGUCCACUCCAUUACAUGAUAAUCUCUUUGUUGUUCAUCAAGUAAUGCUCAAAUCAAGCCUUACUCCAAUCUUCUCCACUUUCCAGCCAAACCCAAUAUCCAAGACUUUCUUCGUGCAAUCUCCGGUAAUGAACCCCGCAACUGUUCGACAAAAUGCCUCACCCAACAUCUUCACAGCCCCUCAACUUGCUCCGACUUCGGCUUACAUUCACCUCCCUUUCUGUCGAAAACGCUGCUACUACUGCGACUUCCCAAUCGUCGCUCUCGGCUCUCACUCACCGACACAAACCGACGAAGACGAUGACGAUCCCCGUAUAUCGAACUACAUCCAAUUACUACUCCGAGAAAUCAAUGCUUCCAAAGUGAAUUUCAAGUCCCAUCCCCUUGAAACCGUCUUCUUUGGCGGUGGAACGCCGUCUCUCGUGCCUCCGAGGUUGGUUUCAUCGAUUCUUGAUUUGUUGGGAGUGAAAUUUGGGGUGACUUCGGAUGCCGAGAUAUCAAUGGAAAUGGAUCCCGGAACCUUCGACGUGAGGAAGAUGGAGGCGUUGAUGGAGUUGGGAGUGAAUAGAGUGUCGUUGGGAGUUCAAGCGUUUCAAGAAGAGCUGUUGAAGGCUUGUGGGAGAGCUCAUGGAGUUAAGGAGGCUUACGAGGCCAUUGAGAUGGUGAAAUCGUGUGGGGUUAAGAAUUGGAGCUUGGAUCUCAUCUCGUCUCUUCCUAAUCAAACCCCACAAAUGUGGGACGAAAGCUUGCGGUUAACCAUUGAAGCUCAGCCAAACCACGUCUCCGUUUAUGACUUGCAAGUUGAACAAGGCACCAAAUUCGGAACAUUGUACACACCGGGCGAGUUUCCUUUACCUUCGGAUGUGCAGUCUGCCGAUUUUUAUAGAACGGCAUCAAGAAUGCUUUCCGAUGCUGGUUAUAACCACUACGAAAUCAGCAGUUAUUGCCGAGAUGGAUUCGAAUGUAAGCACAAUUUUACAUACUGGAAAAACAAACCAUUUUAUGGUUUUGGCCUAGGGUCUGCUAGUUAUGUAAGUGGAAUGAGGUUUUCGAGACCGAAAAAAAUGAGAGGGUACAUCGAUUUUGUUCAGAGCUUGGAGAAUGGCACAGCUGAUUACACCGGCGAUACCGAUACCAAUGUUAGAGACUUGGCCUCAGAUGUUGUGAUGCUCUCUCUUAGAACCGCAAGAGGGCUCGACUUGAAGUCUUUCCGAUGUGCAUUUGGAAACUCGGUUGUAGCUUCUCUUUGUGAGGCUUAUAAGCCUUAUGUUGAAAGUGGGCAUGUGCUUUGCUUAAAUGAGCAAAGAACAACUUUAACUGCCGAUGAAUACAAUGCCUUGUUGUUGAAUGAAGAUAGUGCGGACGAGGUGGCUUAUAUUCGUCUCAGUGAUCCGGAUGGCUUUUUAUUAUCGAACGAAUUGAUAUCUACUGCAUUUGGGGUUAUUUCUCUGUAGAAGUUCCGAGUUUCAAAUGUCAACAUGUUGUAUAGUUUGCGUUGCAUUUGAUGGGUGAGUGAAUAGAAGAAUAUGAUUUCAGCAGCAAUGCAGCCAUGGCUGAAGGGUUUACAAGAAUAUUCAACAAAGCCAGAGAUGAGAAGCAAACUAGAGGCAUUGUCAUUGUUAUGUCAUCAGCUUCCUAUGAAAAAGAAUCGACAUUCCCUCCUCUCCUUUAACCGUAAUAGUAAAUUGCGGUCGCGAUUAUGAUUACGGUUACGGUUGCGGUAUCGCAAUUACGGGUAUUACAAACG